GUCCCGGGCUUUGAUUUCGAUGGCUGCGAAAACGACUCGGCAGUGCAGUCUGCACGGUACUUCCUCCACCAGAACGGCUUGGCAAGUGUCCACGAGGUGGACAAGGCUGGGUGGAGAGCACUACACUACGCUGCCAUGCGUGGCGAUCCACUGGUGAUACAG